AUGGCCUUCUCACCUGGCUCGGUUCGUCAUGUCAACAUCACCUCCCCCUUCUGGAGCUCCAUGCUAUCCCGAUCUCGGCUCAUUACUAUUCCUGCAAUAAUAAAAACUCAAAAAUCUCUUGGCCAUUGGUACUGUUUAACAUGGAAAGAAGGCCACGAGAUCAAGCCGCACGCCUUCUGGGACUCGGAUAUUUACAAAGUGACCGAAGCCGCAUGCUACUUUUUGAUGAAGCACGACGACGCUGAUCUAUAUGAUGAGGUCGAAAAAGUUGUUGACAUGGUUCGUGCGGCCCAGCAUGAGGAUGGCUAUCUGAAUUCUUACUACACGGUCAGGGGAAUCCAAAACAGGUGGACGAAUGUGAGGGACAUGCACGAGCUGUACUGUCUCGGACAUUUGGUCGAGGCUUGUGUAGCGUAUGAAACGUUGACUGGAAGUGGAAGGCUUUUAGAGCCUGUGAUGAAGGCAUUGAGACAUGUCGAUUCUGUGUUUGGUCCGGAAGAAGGAAAGCUCCAUGGGUAUCCUGGCCAUCAAGAAAUCGAGUUGGGUUUGUUGAGACUUUACGACAUGACCAGUGACCCUCUCGCGUUGAAGCUGGCAAAGUACUUUAUCCUCGAGCGUGGAAAGAAAGACGCCAAUGGAGAGGUAUUCUACGACCACGAAGCCAAAGCGCGAGGCGGGGACCCUUAUGAUCACAUGGGCUCAGAAAUGCUAGCCCACUACACGAAACCCCGAGAUUAUGAGUAUCACCAAGCACAUGCGCCUCUUGCAGAGCAAGACGAGAUUCACGGGCAUUCCGUGCGAGCCAUGUACUUUGUCACUGCAGGCACCGAAUAUGUCCGCCUCACGGGAGACACCGAGGUGAAAGAUGCCCUGCAGCGGCUCUGGCGCAAUACCAUCCACAAAAAAAUGUACAUUACCGGCGGUCUCGGAGCAAUGAGACAGUGGGAAGGAUUUGGUGCAGAGUACUUUUUGAGCGACACGGAGGAAAGCCACGGGUGCUAUGCCGAGACUUGUGCUACAUUUGCUCUGAUCAUCUGGUGCUCGAAGCUCUUGCGGCAGGAGCUCAGAAGCGAAUAUGCAGAUGUCAUGGAAUUGGCAUUGUACAAUGGGUUUUUGGGUGCGAUCGGGAUGGAUGGCAAGUCGUUUUACUAUCAAAAUCCGCUGGCAACGUGUACGGGCCGCCCGAAAGAGCGUAGCACAUGGUUUGAAGUUGCUUGCUGUCCGCCUAAUGUAGCCAAGCUUCUAGGAUCACUGGGCUCGUUUAUAUAUUCCCACCAUGAAAAUCUUGUUGCUGUUCAUCUUUUUAUUGAUAGUGAUUUUACCGUUCCGGAGAGUAACGGAACCACGAUCCAGCAAAAGUCAAGCCAGCCGUGGGAGGGUUCUGUCGAACUAAACGUCCAGGGUCCUCAAGCAAUCAGACUUGCCGUCCGUAUCCCCAACUGGGUUGGCACAGAGUACACGUGCUCAGUACCAGAUGGUGAAGUGAAAGAUGGCUAUCUCUACCUUCCGUCCGUUACCAACACAAAAGUCACGUUGACCUUUUCUGUAAAACCGCGAAAAGUGUACGCUCACCCAAAAACGGGCAAGGAUGAAGUCUGCAUCAUGCUCGGACCACUUGUAUACUGUGCCGAGGAUGUCGACAACCCUGGCGUUGAUAUUCAUGAUCUUGCCUUGGUCGAUGACCCUGUGGUGGCUGAUGUACCCAAAACCAUUGCAUCGGUUGAGGACAUAGUGACCGUGGAGACGCAGGGAAAAUAUCUGGUUAAUCAGAACUGGAACUCCCUGUAUGGUUCAGAACCUUGGAAGUACAGCGAGACAACGAGGAAAGUGGUAUUUGUGCCGUUUUUCCUGCGAAUGAACCGGGGUGGGAACGGGGGUAUGAGGGUGUGGAUGAAAAGAAUAACCUAG